CUGACAACCAAGGUGUGGGAAGUGUGCUAGACUGGAGGUUUGAUCUCAAGGCAGAAGAUCUCUUGGUCACAUGCUGGGCCGGAUCUGGACCCUAAGCAGGCAGCUCUCUACCAUGAGAAUCGAGUCUGAAGAGUUUAAGGCUCUGUUUACUGAAGGGUUAAAGACAGUAGAACGUCUGUUUUCUCAGGAGAAGUACGAGUUACGCAUCGCAGGAGGUGCUGUACGAGAUCUUCUCGUUGGAAACAAACCUCAUGAUGUGGACUUUGCUACCACAGCCACCCCUCCUCAGAUGAAGGACUUAUUCCUUAAAGCAGGAGUGCGACUCAUCAAUAACAAAGGCGAGAAGCAUGGCACUGUGACUGCUCGGAUUGAUGAACAAAACUUUGAGAUCACUACACUUCGGGUUGAUCUGCAGACAGAUGGACGUCAUGCUGAAGUUGAAUUUACUAAGGACUGGGAGAAAGAUGCAGAGCGACGAGAUCUUACUAUUAAUGCUAUGUUUCUGGGGUUGGAUGGGACUCUUUAUGAUUAUUUUCAUGGCUAUGAGGAUCUGAAGAAUCGUUGUGUUCAGUUUGUUGGCGAUCCAGCUCAGCGAAUCCAGGAAGAUUAUCUCCGAAUUUUGCGCUACCUCAGGUUCUAUGGUCGGAUUUCAGAGAAACCAGGGAUUCACACACAAGCUACCUUAGACGCAAUUAGAGAGAACGCAGCUGGACUGGGUGGCAUCUCAGGAGAAAGGAUAUGGGUGGAACUGAAGAAGAUUCUGGAAGGAAAUCAUGUUAACCACCUUGUCCUAACCAUGUAUGAGCUGGGCGUGGCACCUCAUGUUGGAUUACCUAUGGAUGGGAACCUGGAGGAGUUUACCAGGGUCUGUGUACGUUCAAGACACUUGUCCCCUAAACCUGUUACUCUUCUGGCAGCUUUAUUUUCAGAUCCAAAUGCUGUGCACAGACUGGACCUAAGGCUGAAGAUCUCCAAAGAAGAGAAGGGACUGGCCUUAUUCCUGAUAAACCAGCGAAGGGAGCUGACAUCUGACCCAACAGACUCACCCCCCCUCAAACCGUACCAGGAUUAUGUAACUGAUUCCCGUGAGCCAGAUGCACACAAAAAGAUAUGUGAGCUGUUAAAGUACCAGGGUGAGGAGCAACUGCUGCGGCAGAUGGAGGUAUGGACACUGCCUCGUUUUCCAGUUAGCGGUCAUGACCUACGGCGCUUGGGCAUCUCCUCAGGCAAAGAAAUUGGACACAUCCUGCAAGAACUUAAAGUACGCUGGAAGGAAAGUGGUUACCAGAUUAGCAAAGAAGAACUACUGGACACUGUGAGCCAUAAGUAAAGGAGUUUACAAGCAGUUGUACGUUUUAAAGGGACAUUAAAAUUAAGAUUAAACAUUCAUGAUUCAGACAGAUAAUGCAGUUUUCUGUUAAAAAGAAAAUCCUUUCCAAUUUACCUCUAUUAUCAGAUUUGCCUUGUUCUUUUGGUAUAAUUUGUUCAAACUUGGCUUCUUUCCAUGAGAGCAUACCUAGGUAGGUUCAGGAGGGUGCACAUCUUGAGAACUAAAUGGCAACAGUGGUACAAACUGCACUAUAGUACUCAAGAUAUGUGCAUGCUCUUGAGCCACAUGAAAAAGAUACUAAUGUAAAUUUGAUAAUAGAAGUAAAUUAAAAUGGUUUAUUUUCUUUAAUGGCACGCUCUAUCUGAAUUAUGAUGCUUUAAUUUUGACUUGCAUGUUCCUUCAAAUAUUAGGUCUGGGUUGCUGGCUACAAAGAACAUACCACUGUUGGCAGCCUGGGUACACAUGGGCUUUGAGAAAGGGCAAAACAAAUGUCAACUCAUUUCUGUUGUUUUUUCCUUUACCUAAGUAAAUAUAAUAUUUUUUUUAUUAA